UUCAACAUGAACGUACUCAGAGCGAUUCUGGUGAUCUCUUUGCUCGCCUUGGUGGCCGUUUCGUACUCCCAAGCUCGGGAAAUUUCCAGGGAGCGACGGGAAGCGGAAGUCGUAGCCGAUUUGGAAGAGGCUGCGUCUCAUCACGGCCACAAAUGGGACAAAGGGGGCGGCAAACAUCAUCACUCCGACCACCAUUCCGAACACGGUGACAAAGGAGACAAAGGAUACAAGGGACAUCAUCACCACGAGAAAGGCGCCAAAGGCCAUCACGACAAGGAAGGUCACAAGCAUCAUUACGAAGAGCAUGGCGGCCACAAGAAGAAACACCACCACGACGACGGAUACCACGCCGAACACCACAAGGGCGAAAAAGGCGAGAAGGGACACAAAUAUGGCGAGAAAGGAUCGUACAAGAAGGGCCACAGCACAAAGGGAGGACACGACGUGCACAAAUUGGACGAGUACAAGAAGGAGAAACACUUCUUCGAUGAAGACCACGACUCCGGCCACCACGAGAAGCACGGAGGAUUCCACCAUGAAGAUGGUUACAAGAAGGGUGGUCACAAAAAGGGAGGUCACAAGAAAGGAGGUCACCACGAAGACCACUACGGCAAGAAAGGUCACAGCGAGAAAGGAGGACACCACCACGAAGAAGCUGGCCACAAGAAGGCCGGUGGACACGACGAGCACUACCAUCACGGCCACAAAUACGGCAAGAAGGGAGGUCACGAAGACCACAAGAAAUGGGGCCACAAGAAAAGCGACAAACACUGAGACGCUGGCGGGUGUAUUUAGGGACUUUUACAGUUACCGUCGUGCGAAAUUGUUAUUGUUUUCUAUUUUUAUUGUUCCGUUUUUGUUAUUCGAUGUGAAGAAAUA